AUGCUUUUUAAUACCAGCAUACGGCGUCGUUGUAGUGAAGCAACUGGUUCAGCUUAUUAUCACUCUCGAGAUCGCGAACCACCACUGCCAAUAUAUCUUGGCCUCAUGACUCAUGCAGAAGCAAGAAAGAGAACACUGGUCGAUAAACUCUAUAGUCUUGGACUGUCAAUUUCGUAUGACAGGGUGCUAGAAUUAUCUACUGACUUGGGCAAUACUGUUUGUUCACGGUUUGAGUCUGAAGGGGUUGUUUUCCCGCCCAAGCUUAAUAAAGGAUCAUUUACAACAGCUGCCAUGGAUAACAUUGACCAUAACCAGUCAUCUACAACCACUCAAGGUGCUUUCCAUGAAACAGGUAUAUCUUUAUUCCAACACCCAUCUCAUGAUUCAUCAGGUGAAGCGCGGGAUGUAGUUAGCAUAGACAAUCAGCCCUCCAAGAGAAAGCGUCUUUCUCAACUUCCGGAUUCUUACACACUUGUUAAGCCCGUCAUUCUCCCCAAGAAUGAACCCAUUGUGCCGCCUCUUCAAGUGUCAUUUGUAAGCAAUUACCUUGAAAUGACACAAGCUUUAAGUAUGGAGUGUAAAUGGCUGGAACAUGUAAGAGACGAGGUUAACAAAGACAACGGAAGAGAUAAAGAAAGUUUCAUGGGCAGCAUAUCACGCAAAUCAAGUCCAGCCUCCAGGUCAAUUGGAUACGACCUCGCUGCUCCUGCUCUUUCAAGAGGAGGCUGCCUCCCCAGCUAUGAUUUGUCAUACAAUGGACGUAGUUGUUAA